UGUCGCUUAUGUUGAAUUUACAGCGCCAGAAGCAGCAAGCAAGGUUAAAGACAGAUUAGAAGAAGUUGAAAUAACUGGUAAAAAAUGUCUUGUGAAUUUUACAAGCUCGGCUAAUGGUAAUCCGUUUAAAACAGUUCCAAAAGAACCUCCACCAAAAGCUUCACGUCAGAUGAUGCAACAACAGCAAUCUGCUUCACAACAAAGAGCAGCAUCAGGUCUUCCUAUUCGUCCGGUUAUGCGACCAGGGUCGCUAGAUUUUCAUCCCCAUCCUCGUAGUGGAUUUAGAACCGGACAAAUGGUUUCUGGGCCAAGAGACUUUUUCACUCCUCCAAUCGCACCAGCAUAUUCCGGGUUUGCGGCCGGUCGCGGUUCAUAUAUGAAUGGUUUCGCAGCUACUGGAGAUGCAUCUUUCGCCAUGAGUCCAAUGAUGGCACGAGGCGGAAUGAUGGGUAUGAGAAAUCAACAAGUUGGACCUGUUCGUCGUGGAAUAAUGGGCGGCCGAGGCGUGAUGCGCGGAGGAUAUGGUGACGAAUUUAUGGGUGCUAAUAUGGGCGGUUUUAAUACACCGACGGGCCCAGGAUUUCCGGCACCUCAUUUUAAUCCAGCAUUUUUUGAUCAAGGAUUUGGCGGCGAAGACGUACCUGUUGCACCGCGAGGACAAAGAGGUUACGAUGGAGUCACUCAUGGUAUGAAAAGAGCACGUGAUGAUGAAGAUCAUGGACACAUGGAUGGAAGAGAAUCGCCAAUACUUUAUCCCCCUAUUAGACUUAUAUAG